AAAACCAUGAGCUGAUGCUGAGCACCAAUAAUGAUAAAUUGACAGAAGCUCUAGAAGAUGCUGAUAAACUCUUCUCUGGAGCAAACAAUUUUUCUUCUCUCGAAACAGUGUCCUGGGCAAGGGAGGCUGCUUUGGAUGCCCAGUUCCUAGUUUUGGCAUCAAAUAUCGGAAAAGAAAAAGCAAAUCAAUUACACUCAGAUAUGACAAUAUUUGAUCCAUCUGCAUUUGCUGGAGAUUUAUUAUCACUUAUGGGUCUAAAUCGUUUGGAAGUAGAAGAAAGUGAUAGUGAAGAAGAACAGGUUGCUGGUGGAUUCUUACCUAAUAAUGCUUGGCAUAAACUUGGUGAAGAAGCAAACAAAUACUUUAGGAGGGCACCCGUUUUCCAUUUCAUGUUAGGCACAUUUACUCCUGAUCCUCCGGUUGAAAGGCCACGAAUUGAAAGGCAACGAAAGAAGGCAACUUCAGAUGGAAACAGAGUAAUGCCUGCACAAUUAAAGAAAAUGGAAGAGUCUCACCAAGAAGCUACUGAAAAGGAAGUAGAACGGAUUUUGGGAUUCUUACAAGCCUAUUACGCAGAAGAGCCUUCUACCCCAAUAUCCUUCCUUGAGUUUGUGACAGACCCAAAUUCUUUCUCACGAACUGUGGAAAACAUGUUUCAUGUCUCAUUCUUAAUAAGGGAUGGACUUGCAAGAAUAAAACUGGAUCAAGAUAAGCUUCCUAUAAUAGAGCCUUUACGUCCACAAGGAAUAGAAAAUUAUGAGGAUUCUCACGCACGGAAGCAAGCUGUCAUAUCAAUGAGCUAUCAAGAAUGGAUGAAAAUUGUGGAGAUAUUUGAAAUUUCACAGCCAAUGAUUCCACCUCUUGCACAGUCACAGACAUGAGAUGAAGCUGAUCUGAAUGUAAGAUUUCAACCUCAUUCUUUUACACAGGUAUCCUCCAUAGGUCUUUAAGAACCAGCCUAAUCUUGGAUGGAAAUGAGCUAAACUUUCCUGUUUAAGUAUUGUAUAUUUGCUUGAAUAAGUGGAAUGCAUGCAGGUGUUCUAAAUAACAAUGUUGUAUUAUACAACAUUUUGUACAUUAUUUAUUUGCUGUAACAGCAAAUUAGUCUCAUUGUAGAUUUUAUAUUCUGAAUCGGCUUUGUCUUAUUACACAUUCAUUUGGUCAAUAUUAUGUUGUUUGAAUUUAUAUUUCACUUUUCCAUAAAGCAAAAAGUUAGCUAACCACACAAAUAAAAUAUGAUACAUCUCAGUAAAGAAGACAUUUGAUCCGUCUUCAGAGGUGGAAAGAGUUCCCAAGGGAGUUUGCUCUGUAUUUUUGGAGUGAUGCAGAGCAUGCCUUCUUUUAUGUGCCUGAAAAAGACUGCGUUAAAGAUCCCUUUUUAAUUAAUCUUUAAUGUCCAAGGAGAUUCAUAUUGCGAGACAUAGAUAGUUGUGCCUAAAACAUUUAAAUGUUAAAGGACUAGAAUGGUACCCUCCCAGUUCCUUUAUGUUGCAGCAGUAUGUGUUAAUUAUAUCUUAGUUUAGGAGAAUAUGCACUUUUAUAGAGCUUAUUUAUAGUUCCAUAGAUUUUGAACCUCAUUAUUUGUGAAUGGUGGUGUAGAGAAGAAAAAUGGGGAGUGGAAAUGCAAGACCAAGAAGGAAGAAAGGCUGAGAAGAGAAGUGCAUCAGACGCUCUACAUCAUAGAAUGUACUUACCUUGUUGAAAUAUUUUGCUUUCCUCCAUCAUACCAUUUGGCUGUAAUUCUGCAUUUAGCAUAAGCAUUCAAAUGUUUAUGGUGAAAAGAAGGAUGAAGUAGAAUGUCGUUGAGAAAUGGCUUACAAGAACAAAGUUACUUGUGGAUGUCACUCCCUAUUAUUGAAACUUUGGCAGAAGCAACCACUUGGAAUUAAACACUUCGAUACACUUUUA